AUGUGCAGCCGCAAGAUCUUCAUCCACCACCGCUGCGGCCACCAAGUCACCACGUCGGUCGAAAGCUGCGACAAGGUCGAGUGCCGCCUCGUGAAGGACCAGCAGACCGUGUCGAACCGGUUCCCGUGCAUCGUCCCGACGUGUGUAUACUACGGCAAGUUUGAUUGA